GGCAGCGCCAUGAGCUGCAGCUUGGACGCGGCGAGGAGCUUCUUGGAGCAACUGGAGGCACGGGGAGUCCGGGAGGGGGCGGUCCUCGCCUACGAGUUCAGCGACAUCCGGGCCCGCUCAGCCUCCUGGAAGACAGACAGCGUGUGUUCCACUGAGGCCGGCAGUCGACCAGAAAAUGUGAGGAAGAACCGCUACAAAGAUGUGCUGCCAUACGAUAAGACACGAGUGAUCCUUUCCCUGCUCCAGGAAGAGGGACAUGGAGACUACAUCAAUGGCAACUUCAUCAGGGGCACAGAUGGAAGCCAGGCCUACAUCGCCACGCAAGGACCCCUGCCUCACACCUUGCUAGACUUCUGGCGCCUGAUCUGGGAGUUUGGGGUCAAGGUGAUCCUGAUGGCCUGUCAGGAGAUUGAAAAUGGGCAGAAAAAGUGUGAGCGUUAUUGGGCCCAAGAACAGGAGCCACUGCAGAUUGGGCUUUUCUGCAUCACUCUGACAAGGGAGACAUGGCUGAAUGCAGACAUUACGCUCAGGACUCUUCAGGUCACCUUCCAGAAGGAAUCCCGCUCUGUGUACCAGCUGCAGUAUAUGUCCUGGCCAGACAGAGGGGUCCCUACCAAUCCCGACCACGUGCUCGCCAUGGUGGAGGAAGCCCGGCGCCUCCAGGGAUCUGGCCCCAGCCCCCUCUGUGUCCACUGCAGCGCGGGCUGUGGGCGAACAGGUGUCCUGUGCACCCUGGAUUAUGUGAGACAGCUGCUUCUGACCCAGAUGAUCCCACCUAACUUCAGCCUCUUCAGUGUGGUCCUCGAGAUUCGGAGGCAGCGGCCUGCAGCCAUACAGACAGAGGAGCAGUACAGGUUCCUGUACCACACAGUGGCUCAGAUGUUCCUCUCAGCGCUCCAAAAUGCCAGCCCUCACUACCAGAACCUCAAGGAGAAUUGUGCCCCACUCUACGAUGAUGCCUUCUCCCUCCGGACUUCCCACACCCUUCCUGCCACAGCCCGCCCAUCCGGCGGGGUCCUCAGGAGCAUCUCGGUACCCGGGCCCCCGGGCCUCGCCAUGGCCGACACGUACGCUGUGGUGCAGAAGCGCGCGGCCCCCGCGGGCACCGGGACAGGGGCGGGCGCGCGGGCGCGCGGCGCGGAGGAGACGCCCCUCUACAGCCAGGUGACGCCGCGCGCCCGGCGGCCCCAGGCGCACGCGGAGGACGGGCGCGGGCCGCUGCCCGGCCGCGUUCCUGUUGACCAAAGCCCAGCAGGGCCUGGCGCCUACGAGGACGUGGUAGAUGGAGCUCAGACUGGUGGGCUAGGCUUCAACCUGCGCAUUGGAAGGCCUAAAGGACCCCGGGACCCGCCUGCCGAGUGGACCCGCGUGUGAGUGCAGCGCCCUUGCCUGCCUGUUGGGUGCCUGGUCCACGUGGGUUCCUGGACUGCUGAGGGCCGUGCUCUACUCUGUGACGUGCUGGGAAUGGGGUUGCUGGGCUGAAUCAAAAUAAAAGUUUCUCAGUGUGGAAAAUAUGGGGGCUUUGCCUCAGUGAUCAUAACGUUCAAGGCGUGAGGCUUGGGGAGGUAGUUGGUUGACGAUGGCUGGUGAGGUUACACUGAGCAUAUUCAAGAAUAAAUUCAACCCCAAGAGUCUGGGCAGGGCUCCCGGCUGUGAAGGGAAGGAUGGACAGAUACGCUUCUGGAGACUGUCCCCUUCACCACUUGAAGGACUGGUUCAUCUCAGUAUCUGAGCUUCCCUCACUCAGACACUCAGCUUAUAACACAGGGAGAUGGAUGGACCCCCGUUGACCUCCACCAUUCAGACAGAUGGAAGCCAGGCAUAACAACAGCCAAGCAGACUGAUUUCAGACAGGUGAAAAGAUCCCCAGAUGGGCAGGCAGACAGAUGGAAUCCCAACCUGGACAGGCAUAUAGCAAUUCCCUUAGACAGCCAGACCUUCAGAGGGACAGUCCAUGGGUGGACCUCCAGCCAGAGAGAGUGACCCACUGACAGCCUAACAGACCACUCCAUGCAAAACAGACCACCCAAAAGACAGACCACUUCCCCCAAGCUAAGCAGCUAGACGGACAUCAGCCAGAUAAACCCUUGGCUAGACAGACUCCCAGGCAGAUGUAAAGAGAUACCCAGCUGAAUAGACACAGAUGUCCUCUCAGCUAGACAGACCUCCCAGCUACACAGACCCACUCCCAUGUGGGCAGACAGCCUGACAGACCUGGUCACACAGACUCCCAACUAGCCAACUGGACUCCAGCCAGGCAGAUACUAGCCACACGGACCCUUGAUUGCACAGACACCCCACCCAGCCAGCCAGACUUCCAACUAGGCAGACAGGUGGGCAGACCCCCCAUUUUGGCAGAGAAAUUGAUAUAUCUUCUGCUGGGAAGACACCCAGGUGGACACUCAGGCAGUCAACUGGUCACAUAGGCAGAUGGACCCUCAUAUAGAAAAAGCAUCAUGAGCCAGACAGAUCCUCCACUACCCAGACCAUCUGCCAGUUGGACACACACUGCAAAUCUUCAGGUAGAUGGAAUCCCUGCUAGCCAGAUGGGCUCCUAGCCCUCAGAUACAUAGGACCCCAUUGGAUGGGUGGACUCCUAGUCGGACAGAUAGAUUCCUAGCCACAAUGACACACCAUCCUCAGCCAGAGAAAUAAAUGGACCCCAAGCCAACUGGCCAACUAGAUCCCAAGUUGGAUGAACAGACCCCCAAACCAGAUGAACGCGUAGACCCCCAUCUGGACAGAUGACUGGACCCCAACAAGUCAGACCCCUAGCUGUUCACACAGGCUUCUAGCCAGACAAGCCUCCAGCCCUUGAGCUGGACAGCAGAUGCACACAGACCACCAGCUUGGCAGACAAAUCUGCAGCCAGCAAGACAGCCCUCUAGCCUCACAGUCACGUGGACUGACCUCAUACUGAUAGACUGGUAAACCUCCAAGUAGACUCAGCUGGAAAAAUAAACUCCGGACAGACUGACUCCUAACUUGAAAAGAUCCUCAGACAAACCCAUGACUGGACAGACAUGCAGACCCCCAGCCAGAAAGCAGCCAGCCAGACCCCAUCUAGACAGGUAGAUACUCAGCCACACAGAUCUCCAGCUGGACAGACAGACACUGGGCCACCUAGCCAUAUAACCUUCAAAUGAGAUGGAACGCCAGGUAGACAAAAAGAUGAGUAAAUUUACACUUGAUGCUUCAAAAUCCUGAUCCUGCUCUGUAAGCCUCCCUCCCGACGUGAUCUUCCUUCUGGCAGUGUCUGUCUGACAAUGUCAGGUUUAUCUAGGAGGACUCCCAGUCAUUCCUCCCCAACACAGUGCCUUCUCCAGGCUGUUGGAAAGCUGGCCUGUGUCUGUGACGAGCGUGGACCACCAAGGCCUCCACCUGCUCAGCCAGGCCACAUCCCUCACACAGUUACUGUGAGAAUUCAGUGAAAGAGAAUAUAAAGAGCCUACCAUCUGCUCAAUAAGUGUUUGGCCGUAAUUAGCUCCAGGGCCCUGCAUUCAAUACAGGUCCUGAGACAAAUCAUUUGCCCUUUGAAUGUUGGUAGAAGGAGGGUGAAACUUGCCUUCCCUGACCACAAAGUGCUUGGUGACAGUGACUUAAUUUUUCAAGUAUGUAAAGUCUCUGCACAAGAAGCAGUUCGACCAGCAGAAACCAGGAAUUGCAGAGAAACUAGAGAUUCCCCAGUUCAAUGGGAAACAGGUGAAAGUUGGAGCAGAUCUUGAUGGAAAGAGGCAGGAAGGAGGCCCCGGGGCUGCUGAUAGCAGAGGAGGCUGGAGGUGUCAUUGAGAGUGUAAACCAACCUGAAAGCCAGAAAUAUUAAGUCAUUGCACUCCGGAGACCAGAGGGGAAAAGCAGUAGUGUCUCAGAGUAGAGGGGGCUAAUGGUAGAAGGAAGAGGCAACUUUCCAUCAUUUGAUGUUUCUUUAAGCAGGUCUGUAUCAUAAUGGUGAAUAGCUUGGACUCAGUCACUUACUAGUGUGAUAUUGAGCAACUUUCUUAAUUUCUCACUGCUUCAGUUUUCCAGUCUAUAAAAUGGGACAAUAAAGUUAUAUUUAUCAUAGCGUUGCCACAUAUAUGACUGUGAAUCUGGAUUUUUACAAUGGACAUAGAAAGGAAGAUUUCUUAUUUUUUCAGGGCUUAUCCCCAGAAUAAAACAGAAUUCCGUAUAGUUGAAAUAAUUAUAUCAAAAGCUCUAACUAAGACAUGGGACUUCCCUGGUUGUCCAGAGGAUAGGACUCCAUGCUUCCACUGCAGUGGGCACAGGUUUGACCCCUGGUGGGGGAACUAAGAUUCCAGAAAAAAAACCUGAAAGCCAACCAGACAAACAAAAAAACCACAAAAAACAAAACAAUAAAGCACCCUUUACCCAAGACAAAAAUAAAUGAAAGCAAAUUUAAUUAUACAUUCUCCUGCUUAAAAUCUAGUGGCUCCAGUCUUUGAUUACUGUUGCAUUUUAAAUCAGUGGGCAGAAAAAUGUUUUAUUCAACAUAGGUUAUUGAGAUGAUAAGUAGUCAUUUAGGAAAAAAGAAGUUUGAGCCAUAUACCUUACAGCAAGAUAAAUUCCAAAUGCAUCAAAGAUUUAAAUGUAAAAUAUUAACCCAUGUUACACCAUGUUAUUCACUGUAGUAGCAGA